AUGGUACAUGGCAGCUGGUAUUAUAAGACUAUGCAAGUGUUAUGCAGUGAGAGGGCGAGCCUCGAUGAAGUCGUUGUAAAUCGCGAAGCAUUGGCUCUCCGUUGCAACCUUUCACACUGCAUGCAACAUCACGGUAGGUGCGCACGUGCUCCUCGACCAAAAUACGCACGUGCAAUGGUCCAAUCGGCGACGGUCGCUCCACUGACAGCCCGCAGGGUCGAUUUCUCUCAUCUGUGGAAUAUGGAGGGGACCGGCAACAGUGGAUAA